AGUUUUUGUUUGACAUUGUUUCAGAAAGCAUUAAGUGCGAUUUAUUUUUGAAAAAAAUAAUUAUGAGUGGAACGUUUGUUCAGAUUAGGGAUUCCUAUAUGUCAAGAUUACCAGCAGCUGACAUUUCGAUGUCCAACGACAAAACUCAAAAUAAUUAUGGAUUGCCCGAGAAUUAUAAUCCUGCGGAUCAUCCUCCUGUGAAGUUCAGACAACACAGUCACACCGACCAAAGCGAAACUCAAAGAAAACGCAGAUCCAAGAACAGACUCUCAAACCGAAGAAGUACCGGGUACGUGCCUCCAGAGGUUGUCGAAGAAGCCAUCAAAAUGGGAGAUCAACCAACCAAAAACGACUAAAAUGCGACCUCAUAAUAAUUGAUUUUCGGUUGUGAUAAUUAAUUUUUAUUUGUAGCAUACUAAUUAAUUGUAUUAUUUAUCUACUAAGUAGAUUUUGUAGAUAAAAUUCUAUAAUGUAUUAAAGUCCAAUUUUUUUUUUGAAAAUAUUUACAGGGUAUUAUAUAAAAUAAUGUAAUAAUUGCAGGGGUUAUUUUUAAUAAUUAGUAGUAAAGUUUUUAAUAAAAUAAAACAA